UAAUUAUCUCAAUCUGUCAAUGUCUUUUAGUCAAGUUUUUCAUUUUUUACAAUUUCAGAAUUUUGGUUUUUGGAAAAAAGAUUCUGCUGACGAAAUAUAAUUUGUAACUAUUUAUUUAAACUACAAGAUUUGUUAUCGGGGCGUGAAGGCUAGUAGAUAAUUUUGCAAGAUAACCACUUACAAUAUGGACGUUCGAGGCUCAUUGGAGCAGUUGGAAACGGCUGCGAGAAUUUUAAUGGCUCCUCCAGACAUUGUAUCGAAAGAUGAGAGAUUCGCUGCUGAAACUAUGAUCAUCAAUUUUCGCAAGAUGCGAAAUGCGUUUGUACUCUGUAAAUAUAUUUUAGAAAAUAGUCAAACCGAACUCGUGAUUUUCGAGACUGCCGAUGUACUUCGAAAUAACUUAAUGCAAGAUUGGAACAAACUCCCCGAUGAGGAUAUUAAAACGUUGAAUCAACACAUUCUCAAUAUCCUACUGGGCAACACCGAAUUUUCAUACGCUAUGAAACGAAGAUUGGCAGGUGUUAUCGCUUUGAUUGUCAAACAUCAGAGCCUUACAAAUGGGGCGAUAGGAAAGCAAAGGACGGAAUUGGUUUCUCACAUUGUUGGUACUGCCUUAAAUACCACUGGCAAUCAUUUGGUUCUCGCAUGUUGCAUGUUGGACGCCUUGCUAGCCGAACACCAAUACGUAGUUAAUGCAGAGGAUGCUAGUUUAACUUAUGAGAUGCAUUUUGCUGCCAAGAGAGACUUUGAAAAUUCCGACCUUCUCCGGAUAUUCCAGUUUUGUCUCCAGUUUCUAACCACGCACGAACAUUCCCCCAUGAAACAAAGAGAUCUUGACCACGUUCUUAAAGUCCUGGAAAUAAUACUCUGCUGGAAUUUUACUAAACAAAACUUACCCAAACGUGUUGCUGGGGUCAUUGAAAUGGAAGCAAUGCCAACUUUCAAGCCACCAUCGUCAUGGCUGGAUACAAUCAACGACAGUGCAUUUAUGCCCAUUUUCUUUAAUAUUCAUGUCAAAGUCCGCCACGAUGACAAUUUUGUGCUUAGAACGGUUAAUCUGUUGGCCCAGUUGGUGUCCAUGCAUCGACCUGUUUUGAUGAAUCGUGAAAAUCGCGUCGAAUUUCUUUCCAAAAUUCUGCCACCUUUUACUACGCUUCUCAAUUUACCGGAUAAACUGUCAAUGGAAAUCUACGGAUUGAGUGAUUUGAUUAGGAAAAUCCUCCUUUUUAAUCGUGCUGCCCUUCUCUCACUCGUUGAAACUCAAACACUGGAGAAUUUUUUCCAAGCGAUUGGAAUCUUUUCAUGUUAUGUCAUUCAACAGGCAGCUAUCGAAGAAAGUAAAUCUGGAGUUGACGAUCGACUUUAUCGGGAUUCUCUCACUCGAGUGUUGGAAGCUUGGAUGAACAUUUUAACAGACACGGAAAAUUUUCCAAAACAAAUCGUCCAGCCUAUCGUCACAGAUAUUUUUAACUGCUAUCUCAAAGCUCAUUUAUCACCGCCAGAAGGUUUCAGACAACUUGUCGCAACUGCUGAUGAGAGCGAAGAAGACGAAGAGUCGGACACGAAUCAAUUUCGUGACCAGCUACAAGCUGUCGGAGUUUUUGGUCGAUUUAUUCUUCCCCAUUCGGUCCCCAUCAUCACACAACUUUUAAUCUUCAAGUGCCAAGCCCUCCAAAAACAGAUUGAAAUAGUUGCAAGCCAAGCAGCACCCAGAGAAAGCUUGGAACCCAUUUAUGAAGAUAUUCACUGGGGAAUUUUGAUGGCGGGGCACAUUUUAGCGUUUGAUGGACUAGGGGAAACAAAUCUUGUACCGUCGGAAAUCCACGACUACUCAAUUGCAGCGGACAAAGAUCCAGACCUAUCGGCUGCAGCGUUUGAAAAGUCAUUUCAAAUGGUCAAUGUCGAGGAGAAUGUGGAUCCGAUCGUUAGGUUAGUCUCCUGCGUGAUAAUUUUGAGUGAAACAGAACGCAGGGUAAAUGCGUCCGGAUUGGGAUAUCUGCUUAGUCCAGAAUUAGCUAGCAACGUGCUGUGGUUUCUACAUCGAUUUUGUGAAUCCUACUUUGUCAUUAGUGAAGAAUAUUACACAAAUGUGAGUCCAUCCUUUCUGGCUGCUUGGGGACCCCUUAGUCAAGUCACCAAAAUCUCACAGACAUUUCUGCUUCAGAGAGUAAAAGAAGAUCUCAUUCGCUACAACGGAGAAGUUACUGUAAUGCGAGACGCCAUAAAUUUAUUACUCUCACUGGUGGACUCUAACAAGAAGGCUGAACUAGCAAUUCACAGCACAGAAUUGCCUGCAAUUGUCGAAAUUGCGAAUGGGGUUGGGCCAGGGAAAUAUCAGAUGCCGAAUGAAGCAUAUAGAAAAUUAGUACGAGCUGUAAUUUCUGUCGGAAGUUUCUGUGAGGAACAGAGCCGUCGUGAACAAUAUUGGGACCAGGUGCUAGUUCCAUUAGCUGCAAGAUUCCAAAACUUGUCAGGCUUGAUCAGCACAGAAAAGCACAGAGAUGAUAUCCGAAUGGAAAUUUCUUGCGUUCUCAGCGGAUUUAUUGGUGCAGCAAUGAGUUCUCAUUCGAAGACAGCGACUCCACUAUUCAAAAGGAUUGGACCUGUCGUUACCGAAUGUGGAGCUAUAUUGGCUACAUAUCAUAACUAUGUCGAUAUUGUUGAGCUUUGUAUCGAGCUCGUAAUAGAACUAGCUAAGCGAUCUCUUUCAUACUUGUCGUCCGGAGACUCCGUCACCCUAUACCAUUCAGCAAUGUCGGUUGUAAAGUCCUACUCGUCCCAUGCUCGUGGUCGUGUUUCAAAUGAGAAGACGGCAGAAGAAGAUACUUUCAAUGAUCUCGUGACUUUGAUGGAUAUGCUGACCUGCCUUCUGUCCAAAGAUUUUCUCGACCUAAGUCCAGAGUCCAUUAGUGGGAAUAAUACCCCACCGUCCGUCUCCGCGAGUGAUGUCUCCUUGCUAGGACUUGGGACCGUGUUACCAUUGAUGAAUGCAGAUUUGUUGCAGUUUCCCAGUCUCAGCAACAAAUACUUUCGCUUGGUUGCUUUCUUGAGUGAACUACAUGCCGAUAAAAUGAUGGUACUGCCUCCACCCAUGCUUCAAGCUGUCUACGAAUCCGUCGAAAUUGGGCUUCGCAACGGUGCAGCAGAUCCGUUUGCAAGCUGUUGUGAAUUUGUUUCGUGCAUGGCGAUUCACAUUUCACGCCACUCACAACAAUCCGUACAGACUUCAGAAUACUGUAAACCCUUUUUGAAAAUAUUUCUUGAAAUGAUUCUUUCGCAACGUGUUUCAAAGGAGAGCAUUCCAUCGAUAUCGACCGUCUUAUUUGCUCUCAUAACUGCAUUUCCAGACGCUUACUCUGAGCUGGUAAAUCAACUACUGUCUUCUCGCAGCAGUGAAGAAUCCAGGAACAAAUUAAGUUUAGCAUUCUCUAAGCUAACCGAAAACCUGAACAUCCAGAAUGGAGGGGACCGUCUCAGCCGUUCCGCAUUUAGGGAUAGAUUGGAAACUUUUAUAUUUUCUGCAAAAGGGUGCCUUGAAUGAAAAUGAAGUAUCUGAUUGAUUGAUAAUGCAAAAAAAUAGUAGUCUUGGCUUUGACUGUGGUAACUGAAAAUAAGGGUAUCUGAUCUGCUCACUCAUCAGAUGGUUAUAUGAUUGAUUAUAUUGCUACGUGUAUAAUUACUGUACCUUGUAUUUCAUGAAUUGUGUGCGCUUCUUUCCGAAACUACUACAACUAUAAUUACUUGAACUCAUGCACUAAUUUACAGUAAAAUGUAUAAGACGAAUCAUAUCAUGAUGAAAACUCUGUAAGGUUGUAACUUGUUACAUAUUUAAUCAUCAAUGUUUUCAAAUUUGUUAUUAGCAAUGUGUUUAGAAUGGUUAUAAGCAUGUGUCUAUUUAUGUUUUAUGAUUUUGACACCUUUUGUACCUCGAAAAAAAUGAAUUUUAUGUAAUAAUCGAAAGGAAACAUAAUAAUAUGACAAGAACUUGUAUACACAAGUAGAAAAAUUAAAUAAAGCUGUAGUUAAUUUUGUAGUAAUA